UUCUGUUUCAUUUUAAUUGUAUACUAAUUCCUCUCUCUGUCUCUCUCUCCAAUCUCUUUGGGGACAAAACUGCUCAACCACAACCAAGGAGAAAGACAGAAGAGAGAUCAUGAUCAAAUAUCAAUCACAUUAAUUACAAAAGAACUUUCCCCAAAGCAAUGUCGUAAAUUCUGUUAAAUCGGUUUUCUUUUUUUGCAGCAUUGUUAAUUAAUAGCUACUGAACGGAAAAGUUGGUUUUUCCGGAGGUGGAUCACGAUGAUCUGGGUCGGUACGGUGGCGCAGACCAGUGGACGUCACCGGAAUGUGGCCACUUCGCACGUUGUAAUUGCGCUUAUUAUUGCAACGUGGUUGUUUUCGUCGUCGGCUUCAUCGUUAGAAGAUGAGCAAGAAAUUCAUGACCCCGCCGGCGCAGGGAGCUCCGGCGCGACUCUCAUGGAAUUCAAAACCUCCCUUGUGUUGUCCGCCAACGGCGGCGCCGUGGAGCGUGCCCUAAUCUCCUGGAACACCUCGAUCAGCCCAUGUUCCGGGAAUGUCGGGAACUGGUACGGCAUGCUCUGCUUAAAUGGUGACGUUAUGGGCCUCCAGCUCAACGGGCUGAGCCUAUCCGGAGACAUUGACAUCGACGCGCUGGUGCCGUUGAGAUUCCUCCGGUUUCUGAGCUUCGAGAAUAAUGAAUUUGAAGGGUUGAUGCCGGAUUGGAGAAAACUGGGAGCCCUCAAGUCUCUUUUCUUGUCCAAUAACAGAUUCAGCGGCAAAAUCGACGAUGAUGCUUUCUCGAGCAUGGGCUCUCUGAAGAAAGUUCAUCUGGCGAACAAUCGCUUCACCGGAAACAUUCCCACUUCGCUGGCAAUUACUCUGAGGCUGCUUGAGCUGAGGCUCGAAAACAAUAACUUCACUGGCCCCAUACCCAAGUUUCAGACAGGGCUUAAGAUGUUCAAUGCAUCUAAUAAUCAACUUGAGGGGCCAAUCCCUCCCACUCUCUCAGCCAUGGAUCCUUCUGCAUUUUCCGGCAACAAGGGACUAUGUGGAAAGCCUAUAAACUCCGAUUGCACCUCACAAAGCCCUCCACCCCCCAAAUCGCCGCCGGGAACAGACGUUGGUGAUGCUGAGUCUUCAUUAUCAUAUACUCUCACUGGAAUUCUUAUGCUCAUAGCAAUAUGCCUCUUGGUCGUGGCCCUAUUCAUUGCGGCCUACCUAAUUUGUCGUCCUAGUCAUUUUCAGCUAGACGGAGGAGCGUUUGAUCCCUUAUUUUCACCCAACAACAAUCCUAGCGUAUCACCGUCACCUGAUAGGCUCAUUGGAGGUAGCACCCCGAACAAUAAUAGCAAUCCCGGAGUAGGGGCAUCCCCAUCGGUCGGGAAGUUGGCAUUUGUGAGAACCGAUAGGACGCAAUUCAACCUGCAGGACUUGCUAAGAGCAUCGGCAGAAGUGUUAGGGGCUGGAGAGUUGGGGUCAUCGUACAAGGCAGUAUUGAUUGACGGACAGGCGGUGGUGGUGAAGAGACUCAAGCAUAUGAACCAGGUCGGGAGAGAAGACUUCCAUGAGCACAUGAGACGUCUUGCUAGGCUUGAACACCCCAAUUUGCUCCCUCUGGUUGCUUAUUACUACAGGAAGGAAGAGAAAUUGUUGAUCUCUAAUUUUGUCCCUAAUGGUAGCUUGGCCUCUCAUCUUUAUGGGAAGGAUCUAACUCUAGAUUGGCCAUCCAGAUUGAGAAUUAUCAAAGGUGUGGCAAAAGCCUUGUCCUAUCUCCACAAGGAGCUAACCAGCUUAGUACUUCCACACGGCCACCUCAAAUCAUCCAAUGUUCUUCUUGACAAAGCCUUCAACCCAAUCCUCAUGGAUUAUGCCAUGGUCCCAAUCCUUAACCCCGAUGAGGUUCAAAGCAUCCUCGUGGCGUACAAAUCACCCGAGUGUAUAUCCUCGCCUCAUCACCCCACAAGGAAAACAGAUGUCUGGACUCUGGGGGUGUUGAUUCUAGAGACCUUAACAGCCACAUCUUUGACCAAAUACCUCAAUACGCAAUUGAAUACAUGGAUCAAUUCCAUUGGCAAGGCAUUAGAAGGGGAAGGGAGCCAACGUGAAACAAUAUUUGAUGACAGAAUCGUUGUCUCGUUGAUGGAUAGUCGGGUGCAAAUGCAAAGACUUCUCCAAAUUGGAGUGGCUUGUUGCCAAGAGGAUUUGGAUGCCAGAUUGGAGUUAAAUGAGGCUGUUGAAAGAAUUGACCUUUUGAAGGAGAGGGACGACCUUUGAAAUUUGAUUGGUUAUGAUCUUUAAGGUUAUUAGUUUAUUGGUGUGUGUUUUGUAAUUGCUACUGUAUGUAUGUACUUGUUUUGUAAAUGCAUAUCAACUCUCAGCGUGAUGUAUAUAUUAUUGCAAGUUGUGCCCUUGAUUGCACAAAAAGUAGAUGGGCUUUUCAUUUAGUUUCUUUCUUUUGAAUCUAACUUCAUAGUGACAUUUGUAAC